UCUAUGGGUAGAUAUUUCUGAUACCAACAUAGCAAGCCGUCCACAGAUUAAAGUAGUGACUGUUAGGUCGUCCGAGUUUUUCAACAGUUCUAAAUUAUCCGUAUUUUACAGGAUCCCAUGCACAACACAUGAAAACGAGCAAGUUUAUUCGGGACAUUUUAUUCAUCAUAACAUCUCAAAGCAAGCUCUCUAGUCGUAUGUCCUACUUACAUCUAGUUGGCACAUAGAUGUAGUGAGCAGAAAUAGCACCAUUUUAUCAUAUUGUACCAUACUUACGAUUUGGAACUCGUCAUAUCAAUGGUCAGAUUCUUAACACUUAAUUGGUACUGAUAUGAUUGAUGUAGUUUAGGAAAUGAAAGUUUCCUGAUUUUCUCAGAAUAGUAUAGUUAGUAAUGUGACAACUUUGAUAAUACACAUUGAAAUAUAAAGGAUAUGCUACCCAUCUAAACUGAGGAACUCACUGAGUGUUCUCCAUGAAAAUUCGGGUCUCGUGGUGCAGGAAGAGUGAUAAUUAUUCCAGCGAGGGUUUGUUUACUGUUUAGAUGUAAUGGAGUCCCAAAGAAAAGACAGCAACAUCAGUGAAAGGCGCCACUGAUAUCAUUCACUACAUCAGAAGGUUUUGGAGCACGACUUACGGGAUUCCUAUCCACUUAUUGUGUUUUCUCAGAUCUAUGAAGCAAUUAAAUAUGCACAUAUUACAUAUAUACUUUUCUACGAAUGAUGUUGAAAGUGAAGCGGUCAAUUUGGUUCUGUUUGUCUGUACUCGGCGUUCCUGCUCUACUCGAUCUAGUGUCCGUUGGCAUCCAUGAGUACUUUUUCAGGUGAAAGAAGUCAAGACGACCAAAGUUCUACGAGGCAUCGUUCACCUAUCAAAAGGAGAUCAAGAAGUCGUUCUCCUCAACAAAGUCGAGUGAGAUCGAAACGCAUAGUCAUUGCAAACAUCCCAUAUGAUUUAAAUUGGCAAAAGCUGAAGGAGUUGUUUAGAGAACAAAGUAAGCUGGGAUAUUUUGAUGUUACAAAGUAGUCGGGUUUACUGGCUUUCUACAGUUGUUUAAAAAAAAUGGAAAACCAAACGGUAUGGGUUUGAUGGAGUUCAAGACACUCGAAGGAGCACAAAAAGCUAUUGAGAUGAUGCAUCGGUUUGAAGUUGGAGACAGAAAAUUGGUUGUUCGACAAGAGACUGCUCGUGAUGCUGCUCGCUUUGCAUCAAUGGAAGUUGACGGAGGGCUUCUAAGUGAUUCUGGAAAUCCCAACGAGUCUGUAAAUAUGGCAGCAGCAGGACCUGUUUUCACUCCUCAAAUCUUAGGUCAAGUCGGUAUGGACGGGCCAAUCACUGAUUCUGUGUACGUCAGUAAUCUUGACUAUAGUGUAACGUGGCAGAAGCUUAAAGAUGUCUUCAAAUCGGCUGGGAAAAUUCUCAGCUCGGUUAUAAAAACAGACUCAGAAGGGAAUUCUCGUGGUGUUGGCAUAUUAAAAUUUUCGAAUGCGUAUGAAGCAGUCCAAGCCGUCAAUAUGUUUAACAACCAGAUAUUAAAAGACAGACCAAUGCGUGUAAAGAUUGAUCGCCAGGGUACUCCUGCUUCAAUGAACAUAGUUUAUCCCCCACAACAACGAACUGGCUCAUCUGGAAUUCUGGGUUCCACUGGUUCAAUGAUCCCCUCCAAUCCUAUCCUGACUGACCAACAACAAUCUUCAAAUAUUAUUGCUGCUCUUGUGACUUUACUUGGUUUGAAAACAAAUGCCGAUACAAAUCCUCAGAGUGGCAUAGUUGAAGUUCUUCGUAAUUUGGCGUCAAAUGCAAAUCUUUCUGGGGGUCUGAAUACUUUGGCAACUACUGGAUCAUCUAAUAACUCUUCCAACUUUACUGGUCAGUCAUUGUCAUCAAUCCCAGAUGCUUCACCAAGUUCAGGAAUCAAUCGGUCCUACUCAGGUCAACUCCCUCAAGAUGGAUUACAACAAUUAAUUUCAGCAGCUGUCGCUGGUGGAAUGUCCCAGACACAAAUAACCUCUGUAUUAUCGACUCUAGGUUUAUUCCAGAAUUCUCAUUCGGAUCAUCAGUCUGGUCAGUUGAAUGCUUCAAAUAUUAUUGGUCGAGAUGGUGGUGGGUGUGGUGACAGAAGCGUUGAUAGAUCACAUUUUGACAAUGGAUAUGUUGGUCGUUCAAAGUAUGAAAUUCCAGGUAAUUAUCGGGUAGAUUCUCGGAGUAACAGACAAGAUUCAUAUAAUAUUGGCGGUUCUCUGAUGAAAUCAGGGUCGCCUAAUCUUCCGGGCCGUGGAAGUUACUCUAGAUCAUCUGACCGAGGACGUGAUGAAAAUGGUCCACAACAUAACAAUGAUCGACGUCAGAUACCUGAAAAAGUAGUUGUGAAAAAUCUUCCAUUCUCAUUUGAUUCACAUGAUGUGAAAAGAAUAUUCAGAGAAGUUGGAGAUCUAAACACUUGUAAUCUGGUAACAGACUCUCAAGGUCACUCUCAAGGAAUCGCAUUUAUCACAUAUGCAGAUAUUGAUGGUAUUUAUCGUGCAAUAGAUGCUUUUGACGGUAAAAUAUUCGAAGGGCGACGUCUUCGAGUGCAUGCUGAAUAAUAAUAUUAGAUUGGAUUACGGUUUAUCUUACUUUUACAAAAAAAUGUAUUCUUCGUAUUAUACGAACAGUUAUGCACCGUCGAAUGUUUUUAUCGUUUCCUCCAGUUUGUGGCACCGUUCAUUUCUUCUUUACUGUAUAUCGAUAUUAUUGUUGUUAUUAUGUUUCCACCUGUGAAUGAACAUUGUUUGUUAGGUACAUGAAAUUCUUUUCGUUGCUUACACGAUAAACAAUGAUAGUAAUAAUAAUCACAAAUGCAUAUGGGUUUAUAAAAUGUUUUAUUUUCUCUGUUUCCCACCAUUUUCGGAUUUUCUAUCUUUUUAUAUUUAUUGUUGUUGCCCGACGCAUUUUUAUUGUCCGUUUGUUAGUUUGUCGUUUUCACUUUCAUGCCGUUAUUACCGUUCAAAAAAUAAUCAUCGUCAUAACCACUGUGGUUACUAAGGAAAUAUAACAUUUUUCUAUUAUGUGUUUCUGUAUUGUUACGUUCUAAUGUAAAUUGGUGGUUGUUAUGAAAAUAUGCAGUAAUAAAUAGAUCCUUUAGCUUUUUAUUAA